AUGGAGCUCAAGAGAGGAAAGACCUUCAUAAAAUCCAGUGUGCAACACGAGAAAGUGCCACCAGCACACACAGUUCCUAUCCACAAAGAUGAGAUGGGGAAAGACAAGAAGGCAGCUCUGGAGGGAAACCCAAGUGUAGCUGAAGUCCAGCUGGCAUGUUUGGCCACGCACAAGAACUACAGAUUUUCUACCAGAGCAGCAAGGAAUGGAGCUGGUGACCACAGCGUGGAAAAAUCAUCUGGGUCCUCCUACAAACUUGUAAGGAAGAGUAAAACCCACGACUGCGUUGCCGAGGCAGACAGAGCCGAGCAGUGCAGCCCCAGCAGCAGGGCUUGUGAGGAGAGUCUGCCUGGAAAAGGGAAAGGACGGCUCGUCAACAGCAUCAGCUUUUCAGGGGUGUCCAGCUCCAGCAGCAAAAAAGAGUGUGUGGUCAGCCCCAGCCAGUCUGCCUGCAGCAGUCAGAUGAUUGAUUACAGGAACUUUGUGCCACAAAUGCCUUUUGUACCAGCUGUCGCAAAAACCAUUCCCAGGAAGAGGAUUUCCCUCAAGAGAUCUAAGAAAGGGCUCAGAGAUAUAUUCCACAUUAAAAAAAAUAAAGCAGACAGCCUCACGUUCCUGGUUGAGAAGGACAAGAAUCUGUCCUCUGCAGGCUGCAAGAGCGAGCUGCCUGGGCGCCUGGCAAAGUACCUCUUCAGGCCCGGAGAAGCCUUUGCAGCUGACUGCUUGUCACAAGACUGCUCAGACAGCGAACUGCAGUCUGACUCCUCCUUUGACUGCUGCAGCGCCCUCUGCGAAGAUGUCGCCUCCCUGAAGAGCUUCGACUCCCUCACCGGCUGUGGGGAAAUCUUUGCUGAUGAGAGCUCUGCUCACCUGGAGCUGGAGAGCAAAGAGGCCCUGCUGAGGCGAAGCAAGCCCAAAGACAGCCCUGGGAUGGGCUCCUUCCAAGGGGGCGUGGAGCAGCUCGCCUCCCCCGGCCAGAACGAGACGGCGGAAUUCGCAAAGUUCUGGGACAACAUCAACAGAUCAGUGAGGCUGCACCAGAGUGCUCUGUUUGAGAAGAAGCUGCGGAAGACACCCAGUCCUGACGUGGAAAAGGGUAGAAGCCAGGCUGCUGCACCUGUGACACACCCCCAGGUGGCACCUGAUAAAGAUGGUGACAAUUCCAAAGAAAGCUCCGCAGAAACAGGAACGCCGAAAAGUGACAACCAGGAAUCCACAUCCACAAGUGAUGAAGGCUACUAUGAUUCAUUCUCUCCUGGCCAGGACGAUGAACUGAAGGAAGCUCAGACCCCUGGGGUCCCAGGUAGAUUUCCAAGAGACAGCUACAGUGGAGAUGCCCUUUAUGAGCUCUUCUAUGACCCAAAUGAAGUUAAAAUAAACCCAGUCCUAGAUGACGACUUGUGCACAUCUGAAAGCACUUCAGAGCAAGCCAUUGAAAUCCCUUUGUCCAUUUACAGCUUUCAUGUUGGAGCUGAGGAGAACAUGGCUUCCCAGCCAACUCUAGACAUUAUCAGCCAAGGUUUUUUCCACAGCACGUGGAAAGGCAAAGAAUGUUUGCUAAAGCUCUGUGACACUGAGCUUUCACUGACCAUGGGGAUCAUAAACUGGCUGCGAAAACACUCGGGACUCGUCUCCUCCCCUGACUCUCUUCAGAGUCCUCAGUCACAGCCAGAGAAGUCUAACGAUUCAUCAGUCCCAGCCAGCCCCUGUCCAGAGCAGAAAGUGAGCACAGGAGCCCAGCAGGAGAAGCCAAGCAAGGAAGAAUCUAAUCCAUUUAACUUAUGUGUGUCUUUGGAUGAAAGCAAAUGUGCAACCCAGGCCUCUUCAGUAAACGUUGCUGAAAGAGACCAUAGCCUGGACUCUGGCCCUAACACUUCUAAUUUGGAUGUCCAAGGAUGGGAAGGGACCCACCACAAGGAUUCAUCUACAGUGCCUGAGACUGUUGAAACCACGAGAGCAUCAAGUUAUGCACCACAAUCACAGGCUAAUGGAGACAAUCUGCAGACAGCUUCAGCUGAGAAGGAGAGGGCAACAACUUUAGAAGGACGUGAGACAUCCAGAGAUAAAAACCCACUGCCAGAAAAGCUGAGCAGAGAGAGUGGCUCCCAGAGCUCUGAAAACACUUCAUUAGAUGAUAAUCAUGAAGUAGAAUCGUGUUACUCCUACAAGACUGCUGCAACAUCACUCUUGGAUCCCCUUGAGAGGGAGGACAGGAAAAAACCGAUGUAUCACCCUGCCUCUGCUUCCUGUGACAAACCAGCACGGCCUCUUGCCCUCAGAGGCUUCCAGAGCUACAUCAGCCCCACGCCAACAGAGAGCAGCACUGACAUAGUGCAGCUCCUGGAGCACUGUGUAACCCAAGUGGCAUCCUUACAGAUCAGCUAUGAGAACAAGCACCUGGAGGACAGACACGUUGGGAACGAAAUGAACAACAUCAUCCGUAAGAUGGCUCAGUGCAACAACAAAUUAUUGUUGCAAAAUGAAUGCAGCUACAUUGCCCCAAGUCCAAAAUACUCCAGUAUUGCCAGCACAAACCACUACAACUAUGAGACACGUUUCCAGCCCAGCAGCCUGUACCAUCUGAAGCAAAAUGGGCAGCAAAUUUGCUCUGAAGAUCAGGAAAGUAGAGCAAAAAUCCUAGAUGAGGUCACUAGAAGCAAGAUAAAUUUUGACUAUGCCCAGCUAAACAAUCAAGCCUUCUCCUAUUUAAAAGACUUUGCAUAUGACCUCAGUCCCACUGAUUCUGCCCCUGCUACGGCUCUUAGCAGACCAACCUUUUUACCUCUCUUUACCUCUGUCUGCUCAGACAUACCUGCUACCUUCUCCCAAGCUCCAUCCAGCCCCACCACCUCUCUGCCCGACUCGCUGCAGCCCACGGAGGCCGAGCAGUGCAGGCCAGGGCCGUGGGGGCACGUGGAGAAUCCCUGCAGAGGCCUGUCCCCUCUGCCCCCUCCUCCAGAGGCAGCGAGCCCGGACACCGCAGUGCCAGGGAGGAGCCCCCAGUAA